AUUCUGGCAACAGUAGUAUUAUUAUCAUGGUAUUAUGCAUUUUAUGGGGGAUAUUAUAUUUCAGUUCGCCAUUUUAAUCGUAUAUAUAAAGACAGCUAAAUUUAUUUGGAAUAAUUUUUAAAAAUGCAGAAGGAUGGAGAUAAUACCGUAAUUCAGGAGAAGUUAAAGGAGCUGUAUCAUGUUAUACAUCAGUGUCAGGACGAAAGAAAUCGCAGCGAGCACAACUUAACCAACAUUGCAAAAACUCAUGAACGGAUGCAGCAUGAGCAGAAAUUGUCUCCUUACUACAAAACAAAGUUGAGGGGCUUGUACAAGACAGCCAUGCAAGAUGCUGACAGUGAAGCAGAACUGCUAAGAAAGGCCCUUGACACUAUUGCUGAAGUUAGAGCUAUUCGGAAUGAAAGAAGAAUUGCAACAAAAAAUUCUGCAGUUGAAAGACCUAAGGAGACAAUUCGCAGGGGUGCUUUGAUGAAAAUGCUGCAGCAAAAUGCACUUACACUUCCUCUUUGGAUUGGCAAGGGAAAUGAAAAACCACCACCACUCUGUGGUGCCAUUCCAGCGGAAAGUAAUUAUAUUGCGAAGGUUGGAGAUAUGGUCGCUGCGCUUGUGAAAGCGCCUGACGGUGACGAAAACUGGAUUCUAGCUGAAGUCAUUCAGUACAAUCACAACACCAACAAGUACGAGGUGGACGACAUCGACGAAGAACAGAAAGAGAGACACUUCUUGAGUCGACGUAGAGUCGUACCGCUUCCCUUGAUGAGGGCCAAUCCAGAAACAGAUCCGGAAGCUUUGUUCUCCAAAGGGACUCUAGUUAUGGCUUUGUAUCCGCAGACAACUUGUUUCUAUCGUGCUGUGAUUCACGAACCUCCAAAGGGUGCACAAGAAGAGUACCAAGUGCUUUUCGAGGAUUCUUCUUAUGCAGACGGCUACUCUCCCCCAUUGAGCGUUGCUCAGAGAUACGUUAUCGUGUGCAAAGAAAGUAGAAAAAAGUGAGUGUCUGCUCCAAUUAUUCGAACAUGUUCUAUUUCAUUUUUGUUCCAGAAUGUGUAUUUCAAAAAAGGCAAAAUUUUGUCUGUUAAAAAAAAACUUUAAUUUAUUUAAAGUCAUCAACAGUGGAUGUAUGUGUUUUUGUCAUUAUAUUCAUUAAGUUGUACAAACUUCAUUUAAUGCCAUAAUAAAAUACCCUUGGCAGUCA